AACCUGGCGAAGAUGAAGGUCAGUUUUGUUUCCCGAGUCCAGAAACAAAGGAAACAACAAAAUCAUGCAGCAACCAGAAGCUAGUUCAAACUAGUGGAAGGUUGUUUGCACUCCCAGUACUUUCGUUAAAGCCACCCCCAAGAAAAGCCAGAAAAAACACACCGCAGAAAUUACAGCGAUCGUCCUCGUCGAGACGAGCUUGUUGAUAUCUGAAUCGAAAGAGGUUUUUCGGACGUAGAUCCCUCUCUCUCUUGGCGAACAUGGCUCGCGGGAAGGUUCAGAUGAAGCGGAUUGAGAACCCGGUGCACCGGCAGGUCACCUUCUGCAAGCGCCGCGCGGGGCUCCUCAAGAAGGCCAAGGAGCUUUCUGUUCUCUGUGACGCUGACAUCGGCCUCUUCAUCUUCUCCCCCCAUGGCAAGCUUUAUGAGCUCGCCACCAAAGGAACCAUGAAAGGGCUGAUCGAGAGGUACAUGAAGACCACCCAAGGCCAAGCUGCUCAGGCUGAGGAAGCCACUCCGAGCCAACCAUUGGACGCCAAAGAAGAGAUUAACAUAUUGAAGCAAGAGAUCGAAGUACUUCGAAAGGGUCCCGGGUACAUGUUUGGAGGAGGAGCUGGUAACAUGACACUGGACGAGUUAGAUGUUCUUGAGAAACAACUCGAGAUUUGGAUUUACCACACUCGCUCAACAAAGAUGGAUAUCAUGUUUCAAGAGAUCCAGCUGUUGAGGAACAAGGAAGGGGUACUGAAAGCUGCAAAUCAGUAUCUUCAGGAAAAGGUAGAGGAGAACACUGCGAUUACUAACGUUGUGCCAAUGACCACUAACUAUACUUACCCACUAACUAUACAGAACGAAUUAUUUCAAGAUCUCCUAUUGGUUUAGCCCUCCUCUAGGUGGAGUGGCACUAGGGUACUUUAGCAGUAAAAGGAAGGGUUUGACCGUUGCCUUGCCCCAAGUGUUGUUAGGCAAAUAAGUAUGUUCAAGUGCUGUUGUGAGUCCUUGAAUUGGCUACUCUUUUUUUGUGGGUUCUUGUCACCUGGCUUGUAUGGGACAAUUUGUGUUGUACUAUUGUUAAUGGGUUUGUGCUCUUUGGUA